AUGGAAGUCAAAUAUCGUCCACCACUUAAUGAUGUGUAAUAUUAAUAUCCUAACAACUUAGAAAUGAAUGCAAUUGGUUGGAGAAAAACUUUGUCUCUUGCCUCAAAGAAAAGAGUGUGAAAGAUGACCUUCCAAAAAGAGUAUGCAAAGUGGAAAAUGUAUGAAUUAAAUUUAUUUAAGAUUCUUUGGUUCUUUUUGGAAUGCCCUGAAAGAUCAUCCCCUUAUGAGAAUGCUGAAUCACUUAGAAAGAUUUAUAUCAAAUAGAAAUUGGCUGAUCUCAAUCCGACAGUUCCUGAACCAAGAAAAAGAAAAUGAAAUGCAUUAUCAUUAUAAUAAAUAUAAUAAUAAAAAUUAUUCUUAAG